AUGGGUGACAAACACAUCAACGAUGGUCCUGGUGAGGAAGACGAUGGUUUUGAGGAUUGUGUACCUGGGGGACUUCGUCCGAACUACAAGAUCCCAAUUCUCCUGACAGAGAUGAAAGAGGAAGUACUGGAUGAGAUCAUUCAGUCCGAAAACAACGUUAUCAGUUGUGCGUUGUGUAGCAGUCGAUUCACGGAUUUUCCAACGAUGAAGGGUCAUAAUGAGGAUUGUUCGGGACAACCGAAUAGGAGUAAUGUGCAAGAAUACGAGAUCUCUCAAUAUCACACGAAUGCCUUAAUGCUGUCACUCAAAGACAUGUACGAAGCAGGAACGAGCGGUAUGAACCCCACAAGGACAAGCACUAGGCUUCCUUUUCACAUGGAGCCAUUUGCUGGAGUCCAUCAAGAUCCCCAUAGUCGAAUAGCUGGACAUUUGGCUAUCGUCACAUGUCGGAUGUGCAAGUGUCAGUUCUUGUAUCGAACGGAAGAAGUAGCAAAGGACAAGCGGAACCAACCUAGCGUUCUUACGGACGAUGAAACAGAUUUCGACCCAAGUCUUAUUAAGUAUCAUGUGAAACUGUGCCCAGAGUAUCAGAAAGUUCAUGAUGAGUUCAUGUUGCAAAUGGCGCCGUCGGUGGAAAACGUUCGAAACCAUUACAACAAGCUGUUCAAUUCCUACAAAUUGAUCCGAUCGGGAAUUUACGGGUCAGGAUUCAAAAUCCGUAAUGUGUCGGACCCGUUUUAUUGGCGUGAAAUGGGCACGAUUCACGAGGCGGAUGAGACUAAUCGGGGAUUACUGGUUGACCUGGAGAAGGCCGGACGACCUCACCAAUUUCGGUACUUUGAUUUCAAAUUACAUAGCAUUGAACCCGAGAGUGUCGACUUUGUUCGGACGAAUUAUUUCAAUUUGCUCAAUGAGACACUGGAUGCAAUUUUCUUUACGAGAGUGACUGGAUUGUGA